UGGCCUUCUUCUCACUGACUUCAACUGUUCGGGCACUCCUCUCUCUCUCUCUCUCUCUCUCUCUCUCUCUAGCCGAAAGGUUCUUUCCUCAGGAGAGGAAAGAUCAAAAUCUGACGGCUGAAAACAAUAGUUAUUUCAACGCUAGCUUAUUGACUCUUGGAAUUGGCCAGCGAGUAGAACAAAGCUUCGUGUUUUACGAUAAAAAUUCUCACUUGGUUUCGCUCUCUCCUCUCUCUCUCUCUCUCUUCCACAGUAUUAGCAGUGGCCAGAUCUAACGGUGGGACCGUAGAGGGGAACAGAUCUGACGGUGAGUGAGUGAUCUUGUCUGCUUGGCACUUGACAGGGUCGCGUCCGUACAAAUGGAGACCAAAACGGAAAACCAUGGCUCUAUGCUAACGUGCGCCGGGGCUACUAUUACUACUCAAGCCACCACCACUUUGCUUACCUCAGCUUUGCUUACGGCCCUCUUUUCCUCGGCCCAAGAGUCAUUUGGGAUGUCAACGUUUACUGGACCCAAAAGCGGGGAAGACUACUACGAGUUGUACCAGGGCAAAGCAGUUGAUGCUGGGGAAACCGGGGAAGACAGAGACGGUGAUGACACCGACGGUGGUGGGGACGGCGGCUUGGGAGAUGGUGAGGAGGACUUUUCUUCUGAGGAGGGAGGAGGUGCUGGAAACAACCCUAAUGGAAACAGCAAUGAUUCCAAAGAAGGCCCUGGAGGAGUGGAUGGUGGAGGAGAUGGCGAAGAAAACGGAGAGGAUGAAGAUGACCAAGAUGGUAAUGACCACGGUGGUAAUGAUGACGACGACGGUGAUGACAAGGAUGAUAAUGAAGAUAAAGAUAAUGAAGAUAAGGAUGAUGAAGAUAAGGAUGAUGAAGAGGAUGAUGAGGGAGAAGAUAUUGUAGAAGAGCAGGAACCAAUUGAUGAUGAAGAUGAUGAAGAAGAGGAGGCUCUUCAGCCCCCAAAGAAGAGGAAGAAGUGAAACAGAAAAAUUACUGCAAUGUUGCGUCUACAAUCAAGUCCUCUGGAUUGUCGUUCAACUCUUAAUGAGCUAGAACUGUUUAACUAGGCUGCUUUCCCUGUAUUUCAGCAAGCAUAUUUCGUUGUAAUAUAUAUUUGAAGAUAAUUUCCCACUUUCCUACACUAGAUCGGAAUUCGGAGAUUCCUCUAUUUAGAAAAA